CGGCAGACGGAAGGCAGCGAUGCUUCGCUCCUCCGUGCCACUUACUACUCCUCGUAAAGUACUCGCUUCCCCUCCCUGCGGCGGGACAGGGCUCCAAGCUCUCCUCCGCCUCCCGCCACUUCCUCGUCGCCCCAGCCUCAGCCAACCUCCCAGGUGUUCAGUCCACCCCGAACUCGCUUGGAAGGAAGGAAGGAAGGAGAAGGCCGAUCGUGGGGUGAGGGGGGUCCCUAUCCGGCUCGGGUGCGGGGCUAACAGGACUGGACCGAAAACUGCUGCUCUUCAGCCCGGCUCGUCCCCCUGAUGCCCCGGGCGCUCGCCUCUCCAUGCCCGGAGCCGGGGCUGGUGGGAACGACACGCUCUUCCCCUUCUUUUCGGACUUCAAGGACGCGGCCGUCCGCCUGGGGCUGAGCAUCGUGGAGACGGUGGUGCUGGCGUCGAUCUUCGCCCUGGCUUUGGCGGCCAACGCGGGCGCCAUCCGGCUGGUGCUGCGUCGCAAAGGCCGGCCGGGCGCCGCCAGCUGCCUGGUGCUCAACCUCUUCUGCGCCGACCUGCUCUUCAUCAGCGCCAUCCCCGUCAUCGCGGUGGUGCGCUGGACCGAGAGCUGGACGCUGGGCGAGGCCGUCUGCCACCUGCUCUUCUACCUGAUGAGCUUGAGCGGCAGCGUCACCAUCCUCUCCCUGGCCGCCGUCAGCCUGGAGCGGGUGGUCAGCAUCGUCCGGCUCAAGCCCGCCAAGCCUUGGAAGGGACGGCUGGUGGCCGCCUGCCUGCUGUCCGUUUGGGCCUUGGCGGCUCUGGCCACCCUCCCGCUCAGCCUCUUCUUCAGCGUCCAGCCGCUGCCCACCAAGGGCCCGGAAGUGUAUAUCUGCACCUUGGUUUGGCCCAGCAUUGCAGGAGAAAUCGCUUGGGAUGUCUCCUUUGCCACCCUGAUCUUCCUUGUACCGGGAUUGGUCAUUGUAAUUAGUUAUUCAAAGAUCUUACAGAUCGCCAAGGCCUCAAGGAGACGCCUGCAGGUGGGCAUGGCCUACUCAGAGAGGCACCACAUUCGCAUUUCCCAGCAAGAUUUCAAAUUAUUUCGGACUCUGUUUCUCCUCAUGAUUUCCUUCUUUGUCAUGUGGAGCCCCAUCAUCAUCACCAUUCUCCUCAUUUUAGUACAGAAGUUCCAACCAGAUGUGAACAUUGCAUCGUUUGUUUUCUUCUGGAUAAUGGCGUUUACAUUUUCCAAUUCAAUCGUCAAUCCGGUUUUAUACAACAUAGUCCAAUUUAGACAUGGUUGGAGGCAAAUCUUUUUCUGUUGCCAAAAUCCCUUUGGGGAAAAAGAGACUACAAUGGACACGUCCAUGAAGCAGCAGAAUGGGAGACAUUUCACAAUAUCUGUUAUCACCAGAUAACCGUGUGGUAUUCCUCGUGAGCAGAAGGUCAACAGUUUUUAAGAACUGGAGUAAGCAGUUGAGAAAACAAUUCUGUACAGACAGUGGUGGUUUUGUUUACCUUGGUAAGAAACAUGGGUGAAUAAAUCUGAUAGCAA